GCGCGCGCGCCCAGAGGCCAGCUGCGUUCCGCUUAGCAGCCCAGCCAAGACGGGGGGGGGAUUCCUGCCAUUGCUGGACGCCCAGCCGGAGGAGGCCAUGGUGCUCAGCAUCCUUUCCAAGGGGGUUAGGCGGAUUCAGGGAGGAGGAGGAAGACGAGAGGGCUCUCGGUGGCGCCUCGCCAGGAUGGCUCUGCCCUGCCUGCCUCCACAGUGGAGGCCGGAAUACCAGUUGCUGGAAGAAGCCACAGGAGGGGAGAACGUCGGCUCUUGGGCUCGGAUCCUGCUUGCAUUGGAAUCCAUCUAGUUGGCCCCGGGCCCAGUGAGAAGAGGAUUGGGGACUAGAUGGACCCCUGCUGGGGCCUGAUCCUGCAGGCUCUUCUUACGGCCCCCUGAGACAGCGCUCUGCCUGGUGCCCAGGCAGGAGCCUGGAUGUGACCCAGCCAAACUAGCGAUGGGAAGGCCCAGGAGUAGAGACAAAACGGGGGGAAAUAAAGAAUAUAUUUCCACUUGUGUACCUUCCCAGAGUUUCUUCAAGGGGAGAAAAAGGACAUUUCCCUUCUUAUUUAUUUAUUGUAGUGUAUUGACAGCCCACCUUUUACUCCAAGGAGGUCAAGGUGACUCACAGCCCCCCUCCCCCCGCCUCCUAGUUUAAUCCCCACAACAACCCUCUGGGGUAGGUUAGGCUGAGGUAGCGACUGGCCCCCAAGGUCACCCAGUGAGCUUCAUUUCCAAAUGGGGGAUUUGAACCCUGAUCUUACUCUGACACUGUAACUAUUAUGCCACCCUGGCACAGGGCAAGGGUUUUGUGUUUUUUUUAAAAGAAUAUCUUAUGCUGCCAUUUCCUCCAUUUAAAAAAAAGUAAUGUUUUGCUAUAAUAAUGCUGCAAAAUUCCUAGACCUAAGGGUUAAUGGCAACAAUCUGAGACCUGCCAAGUCUUACAGAGAUGCAGGCAGCAGCAGCUUUAUACUGUGCAGUCUAGUGUAGUAUUGCAGACACAGGCUGGCAGCAGCGUUCCGGCGUUUCAGGCAGAGGGCAUCCCCAUGCCUGCCUGGAGAUGCUAGGACCACCAGGGGCUGAGCCUGUGCCCUUCUGCAUUCACAGCAAGCAGCAGGUUCGUCUUAUGCUUUAAUGGAACCUCCAAGCCCAGAGACAGUCUAUCUGAGUCUCACCAGGGAAAAAGGCAGGGAAUAGCAUCUAGAUUCUUAGGGACAAGGCAGGGCAUUGGCCUGACCCACCGGGGCUCUCCUAAUCUUCUUGUGUUGUGCUCUCUCUGCCCCCCAACCCAGCCAGGCUCCCCUCCUCCAAGGCCGCCAUGUCCCCCGGCAAGGCCAAAGCGGGGGCCCCCCAGCCGCUGGUCUUCGCCGCCCACGAGAUGGAGUGCAAGAUCUGCUACGAGCGAUUUGACGGCCGCAGCCGCCGCCCCAAACUGCUGAGCUGCCGCCACCGCGUCUGCACCCGCUGCCUGCGCAAGAUGGUGGAGGUGGGCGAGCCGCCCGGGACCCUCAGCUGCCCCUUCUGCCGCCAGGAGAUGCCCCUGCCGCCGGACAGGGACGUGGGGCGCCUGCAGGACGACGGGCAGGUCCUGGCUUUGCUCAGCUGCCGCGAGAGGGCCCGGAAGCAAGGAGGGGGCGCCAGGGGCGGGGGGGCGGCUCCUUCCCCGGAGGUGCUGCUGUGCCCCAGCGUCCUGGAGCCCUUUGCGGAGGGCGGGCACAGCUCCUCCUCGGACUGCCUGGUCAUCACCCUCCUGGAGGUGCCCGAGGACAUGGCGGCCCCCGAGGGGGUGGGGGUCCUGGACGUCAUGCGCCUCUACCGCCCGCCCAGCCUGGCCUCGCUGCCCUGCUACGGCCCCCUGGGCAAGUGCCAGCUCUGCGCCACGUGGAGGGCCUUCCCCCGCUUCCUGGUGGGUGUCCUCUGCCUGGUCUACUUCAGCUCUCUGCCCUUUGGCAUCUACCUCCUGCUGGUGGAGCGUCUCAACCUGGGCAUCGUCCUUGUGAGCCUCGUGCCCUCCACCCUCAUCCUCUGCGUCUUCUACAGCCUCUGCCAGUGCUUCUGCCACGAGAUCUUCGACUUGCCUUCUUGAGUCGGGCCGUGGGGGAGAGGGGGAGAUCCAGAGGGCAGGGGCCAAUGCCAGCCACCCCGGAGCCUCCUGCCAGCACCCAAGAGACAACUCGCCCUCCCUGCCCUCCCCGAGUCUCGUGCCAUUCCAACCAACCUUCCUGGAAGCAGAUUUCAGCAGCAUCGCCCUCCUCUCCCUGCAACGGCCUGGUUGCGGUCCAGUCGCCAACCGAACCAAGGGCAGUGCCAGCCUCGGAAGAGAGCCAUCCCGUGUUUCAGAGCUGGAAAGGUGAUGGUGUGCUUCUUCAUACAUGAACGAUGGACUCUUAGGAUGGCGAAGGAUUGGCCAAGCUUUCAUGAGAACUAGCAACCUGGCUGUUCGAGAAAUUUAUUUGUCUCCAAAGAUAUAUUUCCUUGCAAAGGCAAGAAUGCCGUAAUUUCAAACAUAGAUGCUUGUGGAGAUGUUUGUCGGAGGUCUCGGUCCACAAAUCAUAAGAUCUUCAAAUCUGAUUAAUUCUGACAAAAUUAGGAGUUCUCAAGUACAACCACAUUGAGGCAGCCGGAUGAUUUAUAGCUGGCAGGUUGCUCAAAUUUAUUGUUCAUCGGCCCCCUUUAGCAAGGAGCAGACAGUUCCAUGGAGGAGGAAGAGGAGGGAGGGGACUUUCAGUCGCUGUUGGCCACAUGGCUAAGUAGAACCUCCAUGUGCCAGGGCAGUGUUCCUGUCCGGGCAGAAGAAGUCCAUUUCCUCCCUGCGUUGCCCUUUCAGCUUCCUGAGCACGCUUUGAGGAUGCUGAGCUGGGGGGGGGGCGCCUUUGUUUGAUCUGGCCGCAGGCCUCCGCCGCUCUUUUGGGAAACAGAUUCUGCCCUGUUGAGCAGCUGCCUUGUUGGUGGGGACCAUGGGGGUCCCUCUGCCACGUGUCUCUAGUGGAACUGGGAUUGUCAGGGGGACAGGAUGUGGCCCCACACCACUGAGCAACUGAGCCUGGGGGUGAUGUGGGAACAGCCAACAGUCUUCUGCUGGCUACUGCAUCUCAUAUAUUUAUUUUAUUUUAUUUCUUGCAUUUAGGGGCCACAUUUUUCCUCCCAGGGGAUCAAGGGGGCAUAUAUGGUUCCCACCCCAUCGUCACUUGAUCCCCACAACCACCCUGUGAGGCAGGUCAGGCUGAGAGGAAAUGCGACUGACCCCCCAAGGUCACCCUGUGAGCUUCAUGGCCGAAGUGAGGAUUUGAACCCUGGUCUCUACCGGAUUCUAGUCUAGCACUCGAACCACUGCACCACGCAUGUCCUACUGUGGCAACCUGCCAGCCCCUUGACGUAGAAUCCUAGACUUGUAUGGUUGGAAGGCAUCUAAAAGGUCCACUAGUCCAACCCCCUGCAUAUGGACAAUUUUCCCAGAGGGGGGAGCACCCCACACCCAGUGGGUCCAGGGAGGCUGGUGACCUCUUACAAACAGGGGAGGAGGUCAUUUCAAAAGCCAGAGACACUCCCCGCAAAUUCUGCAGAGCAUGCUUAGCAACCUGCGGGCUCAAGGGGCAAGCCUGAAGGGGGGAAGGGUAGCCCACCUAGGGGAGUCAGACCCCAUGCCUUCACCACAUCCUCCUCCCCCCGAGUGCUCAGUGCCAAGUCCCGGUCUACUCGUUUCGUUACACUCACCAAAGGGUUAAAGGAAAAGCUGCUUAUUUUGGUUUGCAAGUCCUGGUGCCUGGUAAAAACUGGCAAAACAGCACCUCCUGUUGUCUGUGUCCUCCAUUGGUUCAGAAAUAAAUGAAAUGAAAUGAAACUCGCCAGUAUUGUAAUGCCAUUCUGCAAAUCUAUGGUGCAACUGCAUUAGGAGUAAAAAGUGUGCAGUUCCGUUCGCUCUCACCUCAAAAGGGCUGGGAAAGGUUCAGGAAAAGGCCGCCAAAAUUAUCAAGGGGGCGGAGAGACUCCCCUAUGAGGGACAGCGCUUGGGGUUUUAAAAGGCGAGUGAUGCCUUGUGUUGCGUGGGGAAAGCGGAUGCAGAAAAGUUUUGGGACAUAAACAAAAAAGGAAGUGCUUCUUCCCAGAGUUAAAUGGGGAUUGCCAGGACAAUGGAGGGUGAUUUAGGGCUUAGAGGA